AUGUAUACUGGAAUUACCAAUAUGACCUCUUCAGAUAUUAAAUUUGACGCAUUUAUGAAUGAUCAUAAAGUUCAUAAACUUAUUUUAGUCAUUUCACUUUUUGUUGGCUUGGUAUUUAUAAUUUCUAUCACAGCGACUAUUAUUUUAUGUAUUCGAUCUCGUAACAAAAGAAUCAAAAAAGAGAGAGAAUUUAUUUGUAGAGCUGCCCAGACAGAUCCUAAUCCUGAUUUCCCACCACUCAUCUUAAAACCCAAGAAAGAAAUUAUCACAAAAAAAUCAUCGCAACCACCACAAACACUACAAAACCAUCUUUCUAAAACUUCUAAUCAAUUAUCUCUGACACCAUCUUUAAUAAUUCCAUCAAUAAAAGUUCCUACACCAUCUUUGAUACGAGAACAUCAGCCAUCUCUUCAAGAAUGUUUAAAACUUUUGAAUGAUCUUACAAAAAAAUAUGAAAAAUUUGAAAUAAAUGAUUGCAACUUCUAUUCUUCUAAUUAUUUACCAUCGCUACCUGAAUCUUUGAAAACAAAUAAUCUAACAUCGAUUUAUAUUGAUAUUGAUAAAGGCAAAAAACGAAUAGAAUAA